CGGUUCUCCAUUAUCGCCAUAAAGAUCUUCAAAAGAGUACCUCAAUAGUACCUAGGGAAAAAUUGGCUGCAUGAUAUCACCGCGUCGUAGAAAGUUUCCACUCCUUUUGUUAUAAAUAAGUGGCUCCAAGAGCAACUGUUUCCUCUGUUUUUUCUCAUUACUCUUCUUAUCAGAAACCACCAGUAAAGAAACAAAAUGGCUUGCCCUUGUACCACCAAAGACAACAACUGCACCUGCACUCAGGCUGCCCAAUGCAAGUGUGGAGAUGACUGCACUUGCCCCCAGUGCAAGGCUCAUAACAAGCACAGCGACAGAUGCGCCUGCAAGGGAUCCGGCAAAGGUAAGUUUAUCUCUGAUGAUUUAUAUAUCACAGCCACAGACGGCACUGACCAUGAUGGUUUUUUUUUUUCACAGGCUGCGACUGCGGCAAUAGCUGCAAGUGCUAAACAGCUUGACGAAAGUCUCACCAUUCUCGUUCUUAUGUGAUAUAUUGUCCACAAAAAUUGUAAAAAAUCACUUGUUUCCUUAAAUUCUCAGGAAUAAAAAAAAUACUGCUGAUAUGCGUU